GGCGGCGGAUUCGAACGGGGUGCCAGCGGAGGGUAGAGGGACCAUGAUGAGCAAUUGAUCAGUUGAUUUUGCGAUGUACGGCUUCUCGAGGAGCGGGUUCUCGCGGAGCGUCGCGGCUGCAGGGGGGAGACUCACUUGCCUGGCCCGCGGCACCCAACCUCCAAGACGUCCCUUGAAGCGUGCGACUGAGUCGAGUGGGAUGUAUGCGCAUUGAAACGGGGUGUCAAGGCAAUCAAAACAUCCGUAAAUCUGAAAGUCUGCUUUUCGAGUCUUGACAUCAUCGACUUCCCACGUGGUGCGUAUCAUCCAGUAGCGACUUGGGAGGUCCACCCUCACACCCAAACACCUCCAGUUCUUGUCAUCUCGCCAUGUCAGCAACAUCCCAAGCUUCGGCAGCAGUAACCCACGCAGACAUCCUCACCCUCUUCCACCGCCUUCUCCCCCACGAACAAGACCUAAUCUUCCACACACCUUUCUUCUCCCGUCUCCCCCAACAACGCCCAUACGACCCCACCCGCCUCCGCGUGUCCCGCAUCAUCAUCUCACUCACACCAACACCAGGCGUCUACACCGCCCUAACCGAAGACCCACGACAAUCAAGCGUCCUUUUCCUCCACAGACCAUGGCAGCUUCAUAGGCGACGUGUUCCGCGGGGUACGUUAGUGCUGCAGAGUCAUACCGUGUUUGAUGCGUUGUAUACGACGGGGUGGAACAAUGCUUUUGCGGAUGCACAUGGGGUAUGGGAUGAGGGGCGGGUAUGUCUUACGGGACAUAAAGGGGAUCCGGAGCGGGCGAUUGGGCUAGUGGGGCGAUUGGAGCGGCCGAGGAAGAUGAGCGAAUACGCGAUGGAGCUCGCUGAAGCAUUCGGUGGAUACGAGACUGUAUGGAUGGGGGAGGACGUUGAACGACACGUGCAUACACUCGUCAGUCUGAACGCAUUCACGCCAGAGAUACUGGAUCGGGUCGCAGCGUUGAUUCCGGAGUCACUGCCGUUGAGCGGUGUGAUAUGUCUUACGGGAGCAACACGAGCGGCUGGGUUAGAGGACGCACAGAAAAGGGGUAUGGGUGUCGUGGCUGUGGGACACCAACGGUGCGAGUUUUGGGGGAUCAGGUAUUUUGCGAGGGAGGUGGAGAAAGCGUUUGCGCAGCGCUUGCACGUCGUAGUGGUCGACGAGCCUGAACCGCCACGGCCGCCAAAGACACCCAAAGGAACCGGUACCACUGCACCAACAGUUGAUUCACUAGGAGGGGAAGCAAUCACGUUGUAGAGUAGAGACCACAGUUGUAUUCCUAGGUAAUCCUAAAACAGUAUCAUUAUAUCGGGAAUAGAAUUCCCAAGGCAA